GUGGAGCACAAGACGUAUAUCUGCUGCAGCCAGAAAAUCUUGAAUCGCUUCUAAAAGAGGAUAUACCAGAUCCCCAUAAGCUGAAACACCUCGGCGUGCCAAACCGACCCGUGUCACAUUCCAUUGGUCCCGGUUUCCAGUCAGGCGGCGCUUGUUUUUAUCUUUGUAUUUACUACAACCCGCUUAGUAGACAGGUACCACACCCCGACGUAUCCGGAUCUCUACACACCUUAAUCCACAAUGUCCCGGCCCCGGAAAACUCAAACUACUACUAAUACCAAUACCACCACGCAUUCUUCUUCGACUACACCCGCUAGCUCCUCCGUUCGCCAAAGGAAGAAACCGCCCGUUGCUGUAGCCGCCAAAGAGAAGGCGGGCAUUAGGACUACUAAGAGCGAUGAUAGUCUAGAGGACGAUCUAAUUAUGUCUUCCUGGACGGCUAGGAACCGGUGGAUCGUGUUCGCAAUUGCUAGCGGCGCUUGCGCUGCUUUUAAUGGCGUCUUUGCUAAGUUAACUACCAAUGAGCUUUCCACUCACAUAGCCCAGGGGAUCUCCGGGUCCCUUGGUCUAAAAGACCUAGAAAAGGUAGUUGAGGUCGUCGUGCGCUCUUCCUUCUUCGGUCUUAACCUAGUUUUCAACGGGAUCAUGUGGUCGCUCUUCACGCAGGCCCUUGCCAAGGGGCAGUCGACGACGCAGGUCUCCAUCAUGAACACGUCGACAAACUUUAUGAUUACGGCGCUCCUGGGCCUGCUUAUCUUCGCCGAGGCCCUGCCCCCGCUGUGGUGGGUCGGCGCCGCGAUGCUGGUUGCCGGCAACGUGAUCAUCGGGCGCGAGACCAAGGAGGAGAGCAGCGGGACGGAGGCAGGUGCCGGGGCCGAGGAGGUCGAAUUCCGAGAUGCUGCUGAUGACGGUGAUAAUGGCAAUGGUAAUGACGAUUACGAGCAUAAUCACAGCCACAGUCACGACGAUGUAUCAGCAGCCGAGCGAGGCCGUGGGUCUAGCUCCACGCCGCAGGAAGGGAUCCUGCCUGUGGAGAAGGAUGAUGACGAGGACGUGCCUCUAUUGGGGAAUUUGAGCUGAGGGCUCAAGCGGAAAUAGAGCGAAGAUUCCUCUUGUUAAAUUCCGUUCCUGGACUAGCCUCGGAGGUUGAUACCCAACUGUAUAUGUGGGAACUCAUUCUGAAUAGAUGUGGAUGAAUGGUCAUUUAUUCUUUUUCUACCCACAUAGAGUGAUCUUUCUUGCCCUCGGUGUUGCUUUUUCUUUCUACUCGCGUAUAUCUUAGGGUCAUGAUCUGUCCCGCGUAUCUCCAAUAUUUCUAUAACGUGGGGGAUCACGAUGUUGCCCCCAAGGUGGUUGCUUUUUUCGAUCCCUAAGUUCACAAUAGACUUGUGAAUCAAACUGGAUGUGACGACUUGUUGGCCAAUGUCACAUAAGCCUAUUAAUCACAAUGCUAUCAUUA